UUCUCCUCACGUCCCUCGAGAUACUAAAAUAUAGCCUGAGAAAAGCGUCAGCAUAAUCAACAUCAUAUACCCAUCUGGUAACUGGAUUGUCUUCCACUCCCUCCCCCCCUUUCCCUGGAAAAGAAUUGUCUUUUUGGUAAAGCCUGCAAAAGAAAUUGAAGCAAGAACAAUGAGGUCAAACUCAAAACCUCAGUCUCCUUUUAACACCAAGCUCAUCCUGAUCUGUGCUUUCUUUCUUCUUUUCCUCCUCCUGGUAAUUAGCACAGGCUCUACGUUUUCCAAACAACAACCAUCACCCAUUUCAGAAUCCCGCAUAUCAAACUCAACAGAUCCCAUUGAGGAGCCACAAUCGAGUGAAUCAACGUCAGUAGCCUGCCCAUCCCUUCCCCUGACGCCAACAUGCACGAAAACCCCACCAUCUCUAGCCAAUGCCCUCAUCCACUAUGCAACCACAAACAUCACCCCACAACAAACCCUCAAGGAAAUCUCAGUCUCUGGGAGAGUGUUAGAGAGGAAAGCACCCUGCAACUUCUUGGUCUUCGGCUUAGGCCGUGACAGUCUGAUGUGGACAGCUCUUAACCACGGUGGGCGUACAGUUUUCCUGGAAGAAGACAAGGCAUGGAUCGAGCAGAUCAAGCAAAAACUUCCCAGUUUAGAAUCAUACCAUGUUGAGUAUGCGACCAAAGUUCACCAAGCAGAUGAUCUGCUAGAGACAGGAAGGCAAGAGGAAUGCAAAGUUGUGAGUGACCCCAGAUUCUCCAAGUGUGCGCUUGCUCUCAAAGGAUUUCCAAGUGACGUUUAUGAUAUAGAAUGGGAUCUGAUAAUGGUUGAUGCCCCCACGGGAUUCCACGAUGAAGCUCCUGGGAGAAUGAAUGCUAUCUACACUGCAGGCUUGAUGGCUAGGAACAGAGAAGAAGGGGAGACAGACGUUUUUGUGCAUGAUGUGGAUAGAGUUGUGGAAGAUAAGUUCUCAAAGGCUUUUCUUUGUGAAGGAUACCUGACAGAGCAAGAAGGAAGACUCAGGCAUUUCAUUAUUCCCAGUCACAGGGUUGGCUCUGGUAGACCCUUUUGUCCUUAAUUACUUCAAUUUCCAACCCCAAGGAAUUGGAAAGGAUGCUUUCUUUUCCUUUUUAUUCAAGAAAUUUUCAUCUUUAAUACCUUAUCUUUUGGGAUCUAUGUUUAUGAAGUUAUUAUAGCAUUUGAUUCAAUU